AUGUUGAAUCUCAAGUCAAGACCACUUGUGACAAGACGGAUUGUUUUGCGCUACGGUCGGCGCUAUAUAUUUAGUGCAGUAGUUAGGCAUGCUCUGAAACUGAGGUACUGGAUAGCAACUGGCAUUGUAGGAGGCGGAAUAGCAGUGAAUAACUGGUACGAAGACUGGAAAAGUUCACUUCCAGAAAUUACUCUUCCUGAUUGGGCCAAAUUCGACGAAGGUACAGUAAAAAGACUCGGUGAAAAAUAUGACCAGUUAAAAGAAAAAUGGUCCAGUAAAGACCACUCUUGGCUUGACAAAGCUCGGCAACGGUUCAAGGAUUAUGAUCGAAUGUGGGAAAGGUCUUCUCCUAAAGGUGAGGUUGUUCAAGAUGGCAAUUUCUUUACUUCAAUGGAUUUUCUCUCUCAAGACAAGCCCGCACCAGGUUCCGGUUCAGAAUCUAUCGACAGCGCUUCCGCGGGAGACCAACUGACAAAGAUGUCCGAAGCUGAAAGGAUCCAGAAGUUGCAAGAGGAAAUGUUCAAGACACAGAGUCAGUAUCAAAGGGAGCUUGAAAUAUUGGAAAGGGAAAAUAAAGCUUUGAAGCAGCGGUUGCUUUUGAAGGAAGCUGGUGCCACCAAGCGUUUGAGGAAGGUUAAGAAAUCUUUGAUUGAUAUGUAUUCGGAAGUACUUGACCUGUUAAACGAAUACGAUUCCUCUUACAAUACAGCCGACAACCUGCCCCGAGUAGUUGUUGUAGGCGACCAGAGUGCAGGGAAGACGUCUGUUUUGGAGAUGGUAGCACAAGCACGGAUAUUUCCUCGUGGUUCGGGCGAAAUGAUGACCAGGGCACCGGUUAAGGUAACCUUGAGUGAAGGCCCCUACCACGUUGCUCAGUUCAGAGAUAGUAGUCGAGAAUUUGAUUUGACUAAGGAAAGCGAGCUUAGACAGCUGCGUAAAGAGAUUGAAAUAAGAAUGUUAAAUUCGGUUGCAGACGGUAAAACAGUGUCCAAUGAAGUAAUUGCCCUUACAGUGAAAGGACCUUCAUUACCUCGAAUGGUCCUCAUUGAUCUACCAGGAAUUAUCUCAACAGUUACUGUUGAUAUGGCGAAAGAAACCAAAGAUGACAUUGUUCGCAUGUGUAAAUCAUAUAUGGAAAAUCCUAACGCCAUUAUUCUCUGCAUUCAGGAUGGCUCUGUUGACGCUGAAAGAAGCAACGUCACUGACCUUGUCAGUAGUAUUGACCCUCUCGGGCAGCGCACAAUUCUUGUACUGACGAAGGUAGACUUAGCGGAAAAGAAUAUAACCAAUCCUGAUCGCAUAAAAAAAAUCCUUGAAGGAAAGCUUUUUCCUAUGAAAGCAUUAGGAUAUUUUGGUGUGGUAACGGGUAAAGGAUCUAGCUCAGAUAGUAUUGAGUCAAUCCAGAAGUACGAAGAGGAGUUUUUCUCAAAUUCUAAGUUACUCAAAGAUGGUGUGCUUAAAGCAUCGCAGAUGACAACACGAAACAUGUCACUGGCAGUUUCUGAGUGUUUUUGGCGCAUGGUGAAAGACUCGAUAGAAUCUCAAGCUGACGCAUUUCGCGCCACGCGUUUCAAUCUCGAAACUGAAUGGAAAAACACGUUUCCGAGAACGCGGGAGUUGGAUCGUGAUGAACUCUUCGAGAAAGCGAAAGGAGAGAUACUUGAUGAGAUAGUUAAUCUGUCACUCAUUCCAGAAAAGCAGUGGGAGAAAGAACUGCGAAAGAAGCUCUGGAAUGCUGUGUCUUCUUAUGUAUUCCAUGAGAUCCUUAUGCCAGCCUCUGCGGUAAAUAAUGCCGGGUCAUUUAAUACGGUAAUAGAUAUCAAACUUAAACACUGGGCCGACAAGGAUCUUGCUAAUAAAUCGAUACAGGUUGGCUGGGAAACGUUGUCAGAAGUCUUUAGGCGACAGGUCAGUCCUGAACAAAAGGGACAAAAGGAUGCAAUUUUCGAUCGUCUAAAAACAGCGGUUUUUGAGGCUGCUAUGCAAGAUCAUUCCUGGGAUAGCAAAGCGUUGGGCUAUUUAAGAGUGAUUCAACUAAGCGCUGUUGAAGACAGGUUAGUACCCAGCAAAGCUGCUUGGGAAAAAGCUGUGGAUUUUAUGGCUGAAAGUGUCGAGGGACAUUUAAAAAAUGUGAGACAUUUUGCUGCUUUUUUUAUGGAUUUACAGCUGACAUGUUUUGAUCGUUACCAUAUACAGGUGCAAAAGCAGAUCAAUGAUAAUUCUGGCCCUUCAUUUUGGUCGCAGUGGUUUGGUUGGAAUCGAGUGACUCGGGAGCAUUCAGUCAAUCAAAAGAUUUAUCAAGAACUUGAGCAGUUGUUAGCACGUGAUCCUGAGCACAGACAAGUCCUUUCUGAUGAGGACCUGACUAUAGUUCGUAGGCUUCUGGAGUCUCAGGGAUAUGAGGAAGUUACGAAUGAAUGGAUUAGGAAGCAGUGGAAGUUGAUCUUCAAAAAGCAUUUUUUGGAAAAACAGCGACAGGCUGCAGCAGAAUGCCGAGGUUUUUACCAACAUUAUAAAGAGGGUUUUAACGACGGCGAAGUGGACUGUCAAGCUGUCAUUCUAUUUUAUCGCAUAGAUCGUAUGUUGGAGCUAACUUGCAAUGCUUUACGGCAGCAGAUUAUGAAUACCGAACAAAAACAUUUAGAGAAGGAAAUAAAAGACGUUCUCGAUGACUGGUCGCAGGAUGAUAGCAAAAAAAAGAAUUAUUUGACGGGGCGGCAAGUGGAGUUGGCUGAAGAAUUGAAGCAAGUCAGACAUAUUCAAGAGAAAUUGGAAGAAUUCAUGGAACAGUUGCUCAAGGAAAAGUCUUAA